UCGGAGAGGGAGCCACCAGCAACGUCGACAACUUUUAGCUCCACUAGUAUUCUAACCUGUCUCUCUUCUUAAACUUUCAUUCUCGACCCUUUCGUUUCGUAUUUGAAAAAAGUAUUAUUUGUGAUUAAUUAAAAGCGGCAUAUAGCAAUUAGAGUGAAAAAUGAAUCAUUUACGGUGUUGUUCUCGUUGCGUAUUGAGUGGUAAACGAGUGACAAGUCUUUUUUAUACAGCAGGCAACGGAAGAUGGAUCGCAAGAUGGAUGGGACCGGCUAUAAGAGAAUUGGUGAAACGCCAGCAGAGAGCAGGCCCGCAACCGGAAUCAUUAAGGAGGCAUUAUUUGGAAUGGAACGAGGAUGCCGAAUUGUACGCUUUCAACAGCAGACUUUCCGAACGUUUCGAGCCUGGGCUUCUGGCUAGAGCUUUUACAUUCAACUCUUAUCUCGUUAGAGAAGCGCGUGAGCAGCAAAAAGUUGGAAUAGAGUCACCGAUAUUCGAGUCGCAGGACAAUUCGGACUUGAUAGAACACGGCAAAAAAACUGGCAGACGAAUUGUGACGGCCUAUCUGGGAGCGGCUCUCCCUCGUGCCCCCCAAGAAUGCAUAGACGCUCUGCUCGAUUACCUACUUUCUCCGGCGGUUGUUGCAAAGGCGGCUUCCCUCAUCGGCACCAAAGAUCUCAUCCUUACCGCCGAAUCUCCGAUUUCGGAGGAUACUCUGUCUUGCACGUUUUUCGCCCUUGUCGGUGCUUUGGAGCAAAGUCCGAAUGUCAAUUCCAUUCACGUUGUCAAGUUCAUCCGUGAUUUUUUGAUAGCCUGUCUCCACGAAAAAGAAAUCACCGCGAUAUGGCGUCCGAGAGAGCCCGAGAAUGUACUCGAUGAUAUUCUCUUGAGAGAAAAUCUGGAGGAAGCCGAACCACGACUGAUAGGCCAGGCAGGAGUGCACAGCUUGCUCGCUGUCUAUCGCGUUGCUUUUUAUUCUAACCAACAAUUUUUGGGAAGCGGUUACGGCGAAACGAUUGAGGAAGCGAAAGAGGCCGCUGCCGUCGAUUCUUUGAACCGUAUGUUUGGCCUGGCGGAUUUCUGCAAACCGAUACCUUAUGAUUUGGUGAUGGACGCCAAUUCCGAGGUUGAAACGAAAAAUCUCCCGCUCGCACGGUGGUGCAGCGAAAAUGUAAAUAGAUUGAUGAACCGGUAAAAGAGGCGCUACAUAAAACGAGUCUCUUUAUUUUUCUCGCAUCUCGGCAUUGGACCAAACGAGACAAGUUUUUAAAAAAAUUAAGUUGGAACGCGUAUGUUUGUUUGAUCGCGCUAUGAAACUUGAAGGGACGCAAUCGUCGUCGUGGGUCGUGAACCGCAUCGAUGACCACCGUUAUAAUUCCCUAGACUAACAACCAUGGAAUACCAUAUCUCGCCGACAUAGCAUAUGUAAAAGAGAGAGGACUCGUCGAAUAAAAAAGUUGGAAAGGCGAGUA